GUGUUCAGCCCUUGGCCAUUCUCUGUUAAGUGCUCAGUCUUUGGGUAUUCUGUUGAGACCAUCAGUGUAGAAUUUGUCUGUUGGGUUUGAAGAUUAUGGACCAGACUGCGAUAGCAUGAGGAUAACAGCAUUUUUGGACAUUCCUGGGCAGGAUAAUUUGACUCCAUUGGCUCGUCUGGAAAAGUAUGCCUUCAGUGAUAACAUAUUUAACAGGCAAAUUAUUGCUAGAGGUCUCUUGGACGUCUUCCGAGAUUUCAGUAAUAAUGAGGAAGAUUUCCUGACUGUAAUGGAGAUAGUGGUCAGGCUCUCUGAAGAUGCAGAACCAACUGUGCGUACAGAGCUGAUGGAACAAAUACCUCCCAUUGCCAUUUUUCUACAGGAAAGUCGACCAAAAUUCCCAACAGCAUUUUUUGAAUAUCUUAUGCCGAUAGUAGUGAGAUACCUCACAGAUGUUAACAAUCAGGUUAGAAAGGCAGGUCAAGAAGCACUACUUGUACUGCUAGAACAAGAUCUUGUUGCUCAGAGUGACAUAGAAAAUAAGGUGUGUCCAAUUCUGUUGGACCUCUCUGCUCCUGACAGUGAUGAUGAGUACAAGGUGGAAGCUGUGAAUAUCAUCUGUAAAAUGGCUUCUAUGCUGAGCAGAACCACUGUUGAACACAUGCUGCUUCCUCGUUUCUGUGAACUGUGCAGUGAUGGGAAACUGUUCCAAGUCCGAAAGAUUUGUGCAGCUAAUUUUGGUGACAUUUGUAAUGCAGUUGGGCAAGAAGCCACAGAGAGACUUCUGAUUCCAAAGUUCUUUGAACUUUGCUCGGAUAGUGUUUGGGGAAUGAGGAAAGCUUGUGCUGAAUGUUUUAUGGCAGUGUCUUAUACCACAUCCCCAGAAGUUCGCAGGAGCAAACUGUCCCCACUCUUUAUCAGUCUCAUUAGUGACACUUGCAGAUGGGUUCGUCAGGCUGCUUUUCAGUCCCUUGGCCCCUUCAUUUCUACCUUUGCAAACCCUUCAAGUGCUGGUCUUUACAUUCGAGAAGAUGGUACGCUGAGUAUCCGACCCUCACCGCAAGAUGUGGCUUCCAAUUCCUGUCAAGCAACCAACAAUAUAAAGUUUAUGUCCUCUAGUACAAAUGUAGCAUCUUCCAGUUCAGAACAACCAAUGGAAAUCAAACAAGAGUCGUCGACUGAGGAGACUUCAGCUGAAGUUAAUGCAGGGCUCUCGGUUAAGAACCUAAGCAAAGACACGUGGGAAGCAAGUUCAGAUUGUUGUACUAAUCCUGGAGAAAGCCUGACCGGACUGUCUCAGGGCGACAGUGCUGCUGCUGUCAGGGAGGUCACUAAGGACAGCGGUUUUCCAGGAAUGAACUCAAGGCUGCAGUCUGCUGAGGACGUGUUUAAUAAUUUCUUGUACUGGCGCCUUCCUCUGCCUGAUAUAAGCCAGGAUCUGGAGUUGCUUCAGUUCAAGUCUGAGAAGCACAAAGACAGCUGCUCUGUGCAGUGUAAUAACUGUGUUGCCAGUAGUGAAAUAAAAAAAGUUUUAGAAAGCUUACAGGAACACAUGGAUGAUCCAGAUGUUCAAGCUCAGGUCCAAGUGUUGUCUGCUGCUCUCAGAGCUGCUCAGUUUGAUUCCAUCAGUGACUAUGAGACGAAAAAAAAAGAGAGCAGGGGCAAGCUUCAGAAUGAAACGGCUAUUUCAGAUGAAGCAACUAUUUCAGAUACUGCUUGCAGCUGUGUAGAAGAUAACACUCCCGUGUCCAGUGCAUCCCUGGAUGACGGCAGUGAGCAGUCUGCCACUAGGAUACUGAAAAGCACAGACUCAGAGGAACAGCACAGAGAAUCUAGUGUUUUCUUAAAGAAAGAGCAAGAAAAUAAUCCACCAUUUGAAGAUGACAAGUCAAAAUUACAGGAUAUUAUACCUCAACCUUUAUUAGACCAGUACUUGUCAAUGACUGACCCUGCUCGAGCCCAGACUGUUGACACUGAAAUAGCCAAGCACUGUGCGUACAGUCUUCCUGGGGUGGCCUUGACAUUGGGCAGGCAGAACUGGCACUGUCUGAAAGAUACAUACGAGACUUUGGCCUCAGAUGUGCAGUGGAAGGUCCGUCGAACACUAGCUUUCUCCAUCCAUGAGCUGGCUGUUAUCCUGGGUGAUCAGUUAACAGCUGCCGACCUGGUGCCCAUUUUCAAUGGGUUUUUGAAAGAUCUGGAUGAAGUGCGCAUUGGUGUCCUUAAACAUCUCUAUGACUUUCUAAAGCUACUUCAUGCGGACAAAAGACGAGAAUAUCUUUACCAACUUCAAGAGUUUGUGGUGACUGAUAACAGCAGGAACUGGCGGUUUCGUUAUGAGCUGGCAGAGCAGCUGAUCCUGAUAUUAGAACUCUACAAUCCCAAUGAUGUGUAUGACUACUUAAGACACAUCGCACUAACUCUCUGCUCUGAUAAAGUGUCGGAAGUUCGGUGGAUCUCCUUCAGACUGGUUGUGGCAAUCCUACAGAAGUUUUAUGCAAACAAUGCAAAUGCACUGGGAUUAAAUUUCAUUAAUGAGCUUGUAGUGCGCUUCCGUCACUGCUCCAAGUGGGUUGGAAGACAAGCUUUCGCCUUCAUUUGUCAGGCAGUAGUACAAGAAGAAUGUAUGCCUGUCGACCAAUUUGUUGAGCAUUUACUCCCCAGUCUUUUAAGUCUUGCUUCAGAUCCUGUGCCAAAUGUAAGGGUUCUGCUCGCCAAGGCUCUAAGGCAGACGCUGCUGGAGAAAGCUUAUUUUAAAAGUGUUGGCAAUCCUCAUCUAGAAGCAGCAGAAGAGACGAUUCUUGCUUUGCAGUCUGACAGAGACCAAGACGUGUCUUUUUUUGCCACCAUAAAACUAAAGCAGAAUAAUAUGGACAAUACUUCGAUUGAAAAACAAAACUAAUGUGUUCUAAAGACCAUGAACAUCAAAAUGGUUGUUUGCCUCAUGUUCACACUUAGUAUGAAUAAUGUGGAGAAAUAAGAAAAUAACCUUUUCUCAUCUACUUGAGCUGGAAACAGCCUGUUC